CUGAACAUUUCUCUUUUGGGUUGCGGUCGUUUUGGCAUCUGAAUUCUUGGGGGUUGGGUCUUGCGUCUAUUAUAUCAUUCUCUCCCUUUGGUCCUUUGUUAAUUUCUCUGGCAAGACUUGUAUUACAAGUCUCUCUCUCUCGCUCUCUCAAAUUGGCGAUUAUUAAGCGAGAAUCUGAGUUUGUUCUUCUUCCUGGAGAAGAUGGCUGUAGUCAGUAGCAUAGAAAGAUGGUUGAGGAUCGCUUAUGUCAUAUUUGCCUUUUGUUCUGCUUUCUUUCUGGGUGCUCUUAAAGGUUUGCUUGUGGGUCCGAUUGCUGGUUUGAUUCUAAUAGCAGGAAACGUGGGAGUCAUUCUAGGGUUGUUCCCUGCCCAUGUAGCUUGGACAAUCUCUGCUGUUGCAAAGACUAGUAGAUUUGACAUUCCUCUGAAAGUGGCGAUAUUGGUGACACUUCCUGCAUUGUUUGGGAUCUGGUUGGGUUUGAGCAUAGCAGGAAGUGUUCUUGUCGGAGUUGGGUACGGAUUCUUCACUCCUUGGGUUUCGGCCUUUGAAGCAUUCCGACAAGACAACGAAUCCAACAAAUUCUUCCACUGUCUCGUGGAUGGAACAUGGGGAACCAUCAAAGGAAGCUGUACAGUGGUGAACGACUUUGCUGAUAUCUGCUACCAUUCUUAUCCACUCUACUUGAAGGAGUUGAGAGAAUCCCCUGCUUCAGAUGAGAUUCAGACACUUAGAUUGAUCCAUGUUCCGGGAUGCAUCAUUGUGGGGAUAACGGGACUGAUUAUCGAUAUCCCGCUUUUCACCGCAAUAGCUGUUGUGAAAAGCCCUUACUUGCUGGUCAAAGGCUGGUUUCGGCUCGUUCAGGAUUUGGUCAACCGGGAAGGCCCCUUCUUCGAAACAGCCUGCAUCCCGGUUGCUGGUUUGACCAUACUGUUAUGGCCUAUCAUCGUUGUCGGAUUCGUUCUCGUUUCCAUUUUCUCCAGCUUCUUUGUGGGGUUAUAUGGAUCAGUCGUCGUGUAUCAGGAACGAUCAUUCAGAAGGGGAAUAGCUUAUGUGAUUGCAGUAGUUGCUGAAUUCGACGAGUACACGAAUGACUGGCUCUACCUCCGAGAAGGGACAGUACUCCCCAAGCCGAGAUAUCGGAAGAGAAGAGCGUCUUAUUCAAGCGAACUAUCCGUGACAGUUCACCAUUCUGAUGUAAGCAGAGUCAACCCUUCAGGCUCUGCAGAUGCUCCGGCCAUGUUCGUACCAAGCCUUGCUCGUUCUGUAUCCGUUAGAGAGGCGAUACAAGAAGUGAAAAUGGUCCAGAUUUGGGAGCAUAUGAUGGGAUGGUUCGAGAUGAAAGGCAAGGAACUACUUGACGCGGGAGUGAUAACCCCGGCCGAUCUCUAUGAGUUCUUGAAGGGAAACAGUAACGAAUCUGCGGUUAUAAAUGUCGGGCUGCCUUGCUAUUCCCUGUUGCAUACACUACUUAGCUCCAUUAAAGCUGGCUCUCGAGGUAUGCUUCUGCUCGAUGGCUUAGAGGUUACUCAUAUGAACAGACCCCAGGAGAAGUUUCUCGACUGGUUCUUCAGUCCUAUAAUGGUUCUGAAAGAUCAAAUUCGGGUCAUAAAGCUGGGGGAAACCGAGGUUAGGUACUUGGAGAAAAUUAUUCUUUUCGGCAACCAAGAACAACGGAUGGAAGCUUGGGAUAACCGAGGAUUCCCGCCUCAAGAUAACCUUCGAGCUGCACAAAUCCAAGGAAUCAGCAGAAGGAUGAUGGGAAUGGUACGGAGCGUGUCAAAGCUUCCGACAUACAGAAGAAGGUUCAGGCAAGUGGUGAAGACUCUGAUAACGUACUCGCUGGAGAAAGAAGGGUACAACCGAACUGGUUCCAUGAGUUCGGGAGAUGCCAUUGAAGCGGUUUGAUGUGAGUACGAUGAUGUCCUGAGAAUCUGACCCUUAUUAACAUAUGCUUGCGUCUUCGUUUUCUUUUUUGGAUUCUUCGAUUCAAUUUGGGCUUUGUGCUUAAAGAUGUGUUAUAGUUCCUUCCCAGCAUAAGUUAGAAUGUAGUGUACAUAAAGAAUGUGUUAGGAAAAAAAAUCGUGUCCGUUAUUUAAUUUGUUUUUUUUUUCCCGUGAUCACGUCGCCGAUGUGUAAAUUGUUUAUUAUAAAUGACAUUCCGAAAAUGAAA